CCGGAAAAACGGAUUAUCGGGCUUCGCUUUCUUCCCAAUCUCUCUUCUUCCUCGAUAGCUCCUUCCCCGCAAACCCUAAAAUCACACGGCGCCAACUCAUCGCCGGUCCCAUUUCGAAUCGCGCUUUCGCCCACGAUAGCGGGACUUGAAUCAGCUGGAGACUGGUUUCCAAUUUUGUUUUCGCCUGGAAAAAAAAGUCGGUGUAUUUCAGCGAUGGGUCUGAUCAGGAAGGCAGGAGGCGUGGCGCCUCUGAAGAAACGCGCGAGGACGACGGAUACAGAUGAGAAACGAACGAUUCCGGAAUCGAAAUCGAUAGCUGCUGCAUCGGCUUCACUCGCCGCGAUAUGGAGGUCAUACGAGCGUACCGAGGGCAGGUUGGAAGCCUUGUCCCGCAGUCUGGGCUACGUAUGCCCAAUCGGGCCAUUCAGGCGGGCGGUGGUUUAUCCAUCUCCGGCCGCGCUAGUGGCUACGCAUGAUUCCGUGUCGGAAAUGGAGAGGGCUUUGGAGCACAUGGAGAGGAGAUUGGAAGCCUUGUGCCGCAUCAAUGGCUGCGCACGCCCAGUGGCGCCCAGGGCUUAGUUGCUCUUCACGAGAGAAGUCAGCUUUCAUGUAGUGCAGUGGCUGCUACUAUUGCAGUUGCAUCCUCUGCCCCCUGCAUUCCUGGCAAUUGUGGAAGUUUAGAGGAGGAAGGACAAAAGGCUGGGGAAGGCUCAUAUCUUCUGGGGAAGAUUGGAAAGGGGAUAAGAAGACUUUUCUUUUCUCCUUUAUUUCCUGUAAGAUAGCUGUUUAAUAUAGAUAAAUUAUGUUCUCUUGGAUGAUAAACUAAAUCUCAAUUUUCUAGGACUUUGGGCAAUGUAGCAACGGAUAGGUCUAUCUAUGCUAUGUUUUCCUAUUUAUGUGUAGAUUUCAUAAUGCCUCGUGUUGAUUGAUCACUUUCUCUCCAAAUUGCAG